AUGACCCCAGCCUUCGGUUCUUCUCUUGUUAAGGUACGGCAAGCAUCGAAUGCUACAUCGAUCGUGUCGGGUCUUUCCACUGUUGGUGGUAGUCUUGACAGCUUUACUACCGCGAUCAACGCAUAUCAAAGUGGACUACUAGGUCUCAUCCCGCUCACCUCGGCUGUGCAAUCGGUCGACCAGUCUCUCAAGACUGUGUCAAAGAGCGUCAUGGCGAGCCAAGCCCUGAGCAGUCAAGACAAUGCGGCAGUUGCUGGGCAGAUUUCCACCGUUUUGCCCAAGGUAUCUGCUGCGGCCAUUGGUCUUCAGAAAAAGUCUGCGGUAAUGAAGGCAACUGGUGCUGGCCCGUUUAUCACGCUCGCGAUUUCAACAAUCCAAACUGACAUGAAUGAUCUAUCGUCUCAGCUUCAACGAGUCAUGUCUCCGCAGACAAUACACGCGGUACAAGCAGCGACACAGUCGAUAAACACAUUUCUUUCGCAGGCGGGCCAGUCAUUUGUUACGUAG